CAAACAAGGAAUGCAUUUUCAUUAACUAACAUGUGCAUACUUGACAUGCAGCAGAAACUAACUAACCGCCAUUUGCUUCGAAAUUGUUCUUUACUUUAGGUUCUCUGUAAAAAUUGGCCAUCAGUAUUGUUUUCUUAUUUCAGGUUCAGCAAGCCUGCUUAAUGGAUUUCUCCUCUUACUGGAACGUUUUAUGGACUGUAAUAUAUUGUUUGAUAGCGAUAUUGAUAACUGCAGGUAACCUCACUACCAUUGUGAUCUUUGUAAAACGGAAACUUCUGGAGCGUGCUCGUUUCUUGAUAUUAAGCCUGGCUACUGCGGACACACUCGUAGGAACUGUGUCAGUUCCUCUUUACAUUGCUGUUGGGAUCUAUCUACAAGAGGAGUUUUUGGUACUCCUAUUUCAAUGUGUGGACAUUUUUACUGGUGUUGUGUCUAUCUUUACCCUUGCUAGUAUUUCACUGGAAAGAAUGUACGCCAUUCUAUGGCCUCUUUGUCACCGAACGUUGACAUUUCGAUUUUACAUUUGCUUUAUUGUAAUGCCGUGGGUCUUCGGUUUGCUUGGAAUUUCGUCUCGUCUGCUCUUUCAAUUCCGCAUUAUAUUCCAGUUCGCCUUCUCAAUCAUAACAAAUACGUUUCUCUUCGUUCCCCUUCUGGUUACAUCCAUAGCUCAUAUUCUUAUAUGGAGGAAACAGCAUCGUCGACCACCGAGCGAAAUACUUGGGGGCGAUCAGGACAAGGGAUUGGCGAAAACUCUGUUUAUUAUAACCGGAGUGUUCCAUCUAACUUGGGCACCUCACCAGGUUAUAAGCAUUGUAAUCAUAUUCUCCGUGUCUUGUCGAUCAUGGCCCCACCUAGUAUUUCAUGUCAUGAAGAUGACUCAGUUCAUUAACUCAUUUGUUAGCUUUGCCGUCUAUUCCUUAAGGAUCUCAGACUACAGAGAAGCAUUUUAUUCUUAGUGACGUUCCCUGAGGUGAUCUCCAGAAAAGAG